GUGAAUGUUCCGGGUCAGAAACUGGACGGGAGAGGAAAUUAACUCCGGGACAAGACGGAAAAACGGGAAUGCUACGCUCUUUCGCACGGGGAUGUAGCGUGUGUUUAACACGUUUAAAAGAGGAGGUUUAAACAAGCCUAGUGACACGAGGAACCAGAAGAAAAAAACAGGUGCCUACAAACUAACUAAAGAGAGACUACGACGGAGAAUUAUUCCCAUGUUCGUCGCGACGUUAUCUCGGUAACGCGACUUCACUUGCAGUAGGAGUUUCGGUGUUUACUCGCCUGCUGUGAGUUUUGCUACACUUGAGUUUGACGGUGUAUUUAGUCCAGGGCUGUCCCGCCAUAGCAAUCUGUUGCAUCCCCCCUUCCUCCCCGCUGUUUGUUUAUCGCACGGCUACGAGAUUUCUCCCCACCUCCCCCGUGAUGUUUCACUGCAUACCCCUGUGGCGGUGCAGCCGUCAUGUGGAGAUGAUCGAUAAACGCCACUGCUCCCUGCUGUAUGUGCCCGAUGAGAUUUACCGCUACGGACGGAGUUUGGAGGAGCUGUUGCUGGAUGCCAACCAACUCCGAGACUUGCCCAAGCCAUUUUUCCAGCUGGUGAAACUAAGAAAACUUGGCCUGAGUGACAACGAGAUCCAGAGACUUCCUCCAGAGAUAGCAAACUUCAUGCAGCUGGUAGAACUGGAUGUCUCUCGAAAUGAUAUUAUUGAAAUUCCAGAGAGCAUUUCGUACUGCAAAGCCCUCCAAGUGGCAGACUUCAGUGGGAAUCCACUGACAAGGUUACCUGAAAGUUUUCCGGAGCUGAGGAAUCUCACAUGCCUUUCCAUCAAUGAUAUUUCAUUGCAAGUGCUUCCAGAGAACAUCGGGAAUCUUUCCAAUUUGGUAUCACUAGAACUCAGAGAAAAUCUGCUCACAUUCCUACCAGAGUCACUAUCCAUGCUCCAUAGACUUGAAGAGCUGGACCUAGGAAAUAAUGAACUAUACAAUUUGCCAGAGUCAAUAGGCUGUCUUGUGAGCCUCAAGGACUUGUGGCUGGAUGGAAACCAGUUGGCUGAAAUCCCCUCAGAGAUGGGCAGUAUGAAAAGCAUGUUGUGUCUGGAUGUAUCAGAAAAUAAAAUGGAGCGACUUCCAGAGGAGUUAGGAGGCCUGACGUCGCUCACUGACCUGCUGGUGUCUCAGAACCUCAUCGAUGCGCUGCCAGAAAGCAUAGGAAAGCUACGGAAACUGUCUAUAUUGAAAGCUGAUCAGAAUAGGCUAACGUAUCUCCCAGAGAGCAUCGGUAACUGUGAAAGCCUGACUGAACUCGUGCUCACAGAGAACCAGCUGCAGAGUUUGCCUAGGAGUAUCGGGAAAUUAAAGCGAGUUUCCAACUUCAACUGUGACAGAAACCAGCUAACGUCAUUACCGAAAGAGAUUGGGGGCUGCAGUGGUCUGAAUGUCUUCUGUGUUCGAGAGAACAGACUGACGUGGAUACCGUCAGAGCUGUCGCAGGCAACAGAUCUGCACGUGCUCGAUGUCUCUGGAAAUAGGCUUGUUCACUUACCGCUGUCACUGACCACGCUUCGACUGAAGGCCUUAUGGUUGUCUGAGAACCAGUCGCAGCCUCUCCUCACCUUCCAGACGGACCAGGACCCCGAGUCGGGCGAGAAGGUGCUCACCUGCGUGCUGCUGCCUCAGCAGCCGUGUGAACCAGACACUAAAGGCUCUGAUAAUCUCGCCCGCUGUGGAGCCCUGGAGAGCCUGGUGAACGACGUGGCAGACGACACCUGGGACAACAAAGCCAUGAACAGGAUCAGUGCCAUUCACUUUCUGGAUGAUGAUGAGGACGAGGAUGACGAGAAGGGAACACUACUGCGACGGGCCACGCCUCACCCCGGCGAGCUGAAGACGAUGAAGAAAGCGGCGGAGAACCUCCGCAAAGACCUGAACGCUGCCAAAGGCCUGGACUCCAACAAAAACGAGGUCAAUAACGCUGCAGACAGAGUGACCACAUCUGUGUGAACUUUACCUCACAAAUGUUUUGUACCUCCUGUGUCUCGCCAUGUCGUCCCGCACAACCCCCGCAGACCCUUUUUUUUUUUUUAUACCUUGCGACCCCCGGUGUGGCCUACCCCUCCUCUGAUUAAACCCCGGGACACCUGUAAGUGUACUGCCUGUACUCCAUUGCCAGUCCUACGUAAAACGUGUCCGUCUGCCAGGGCCGCUGUGCCUUCCUCUUUGUAAUUAAUGUCAGCAGCAAUAAUCUGCACAGAGAUGCUCCUUUUAAAAUAUUUUAAAGAUGUAUUACUUUUCUAAUACCUCUUUUUAAAAAUACACAUUAGGUAGUUGCACUAUUAUAAGUCUUUAUAACACGGUCAAACCUUCAUAAAUGUCUUAUAUAUUUGUUCUUUAUCUAUUUUUAAAACACUGGGUGAAUUCUUUUUACAUUUCGGGCAAACAUAAAAGCAGGAGUUUUUGGACCUACUGAUUAAGGAUUCUUGUAUAGUCUCUUGUGAAUAUUGAUACUUUUAUACUUUUUGGCAGCUCAGAUGUAAAUAAAUAUGUAUAGCACAUUUAUGAAUCAGAUGCAGAUUUUUAAGUUGGUACUUUUUUCCUUUUUUUUUAAAUCAACGAAAUGAUAAAACACAGUCACUGAUGUCUUAUUCAAUCCAUACAGUUGUCAUUGGGUGAGUGGAAGGCCUUGCAAACUCUUUGUUGAUCUGUAAAACAUCUAGACCUAUUUUUGGAUAACUAGAUUUAAUUAAGUUUGGAUUUAAGUACUGCACAUCAACCAUUAAUUACUCGCCUGCAACCUAAUAAAGCAGAAGUAACGAUGCUGUCUUAUUUAUAUGUGCUGAGCUUCACAUCUUUGCAAUGUUUUUCAAAUAGAUGCCAAAAAUGGUUGUAUAUUAUUUUAAAAAAAAGGUUUGUCUUUCCUUUUUAACUAAGAGUACUGUAUAUAAUAAUCAUCUUAGGUUUUUGGUGAAAAUGAGGUUCGUACCACAAGGAUGGCAUCCUUUUAAAAAUGCGGUUGUUAGAAGUUGAACUUAAAUGCACUUCUCAGUGCUUCUCAAAUUAUUUACAUGGUACACGAUCAUUUGUAUUAUUUUUGUUUUUAAAUUGAGUGCAAAAAGUGGACCAGAGAAAUUGGUUCAAGUGUUGGCUUUUAUGUUUUUAAUUAUGUUCUGAUCAAACUGCACAAAACGGAUCUCAAACGGACACUGUGCCUGGAGAUUUGGAUGACUUUUUUUUUUAACCACUGAUCAAUAAAAUGAGUGCAACACUAAACA